GGCCUGCCGCUGCCGCUGCUGCUGCUGCUCACCUGCUGCCUCGCCGCCACCCGGGCGGAUCUGCUGGACUGGCUGUGGACCACUAAUACGGAUCAGCCCACCACCUCCCCCGUCCCCGUGGCCCCAGGCAGCCCACCUGUGCAGCCCACAGAGGAUACCACCACACAGGUAGCCCCUCAGGAUGGCCCCACCGAGCAGGGGACAGCACCUACCAGCCCCGAGCUGCCCCUGGAGAGUCUGGAGGCUGGCCAGGGCGAGGCCUCCACUGCCCGUCCUGCCUCCCCGGCGAGCCCGGACACGAAGGAGGAGAAUCUUGCUGGCGUCGGAGCCAUGAUCCUGAACGUGGCUAUGGGUAUCCGGAGCUUUGUCCAGCUAUGGGGUAAUAGCACCCCCGCCGAGAACGCUACCGGAAUGGAGAUGCCAACACUUGCGACCCCCACAGGCCCCCUCACCUUCCCAGUGCCCUCCAGCGCCCCCCAGGAGAACGGGACCACUUCCUGGCUGACCAGUGGGGCCCUGAGCUCUCCGGACACCAAGAGGAUUGAGGCCGGCAGCCUGCCAGUGCCCACCCAGCCACUACCCUCCCCGGACAGGCCCCGGACACUACUCGGGGAGCCCUCGGUGCCACCGAAGUCCCCAGAGAGAGUGGUCACAGAGGUGGGGCUCCUCCAGCUGCUCGGGGAGCCCCCGCCCCAGCAGGUCACCCAGAUUGACGACCCCGACGUGGGACCAGCCUACGUCUUUGGUCCAGAUGCCAACAGCGGCCAGGUGGCCCGGUACCACUUCCCCAGCCCGUUCUUCCGUGACUUCUCACUGUUCUUCCACGUGCAGCCGGCCACCGAGGCCGCGGGGGUGCUGUUCGCCAUCACGGAUGCAGCCCAGGCAGUGGUCUCCGUGGGCGUGAAGCUGUCGGGCGUGAGUGACGGCCAACAGUACAUCCAGCUCCUGUACACCGAGCCGGGCGCGGCCCGGACACGCACGGCGGCCAGCUUUGCCCUGCCCGCCUUCACCGGCCAGUGGACGCGCUUUGCCCUCAGUGUGGACGAUGACACCGUGACGCUCUUUGUGGACUGCGAGAAGAUCCAGGGGGCGUCCUUGGCGCGGUCCCCACGUGCCCUGGAGCUGGAGCCCGGCUCCGGCUUCUUUGUGGCUCAGGCCGGAGAAGCAGACCCCGACAAGUUCCAGGGGAUGAUCGCAGAGCUGAGGGUGCGCAGUGACCCCCAGGUGAGCCCCAUGCACUGCCUGGAGGACGAUGACGACGAUGAUGAUGGGGCGUCAGGGGACUUCGGAAGUGGGCUGGCGGAGAACCCGGAGCUUCUCAAGAAGGAAGAGGGAGCACCCCUAAAACCCAGCCCCCCCGAGGCUCCCCCGGUCACUUCUCCUCCCUUGGCUGAAGGCAGCCACUCAGAAGAUUCCAGAACAGAAGAAAUCGAGGAACAAACCACUGUGUCUAUAUUGGGAGCUCAGACCCUUCCUGGCUCAAGUACAGUCAUCACCUGGGACAGCAGCCAUGUCCUGGAAGAGGGUCUCGCAGGCCCCGUGGAGCAGAGCCCCCAUGCACGGGCUGUCCCUGGGCCGCAGGGGCCCCCUGGACCCGCGGGGCCACCAGGGAAGGAUGGUGCCCCUGGAAGGGACGGUGAGCCAGGCGACCCUGGGGAAGACGGAAGACCCGGUGACAUAGGCCCGCAGGGCUUCCCGGGAACCCCAGGAGACGUGGGCCCCAAGGGCGAGAAGGGGGAUCCUGGAGUUGGGCCAAGAGGACCCCCAGGACCCCAAGGGCCUCCAGGGCCACCAGGACCCUCCUUCCGACACGACAAGCUGACCUUCAUCGACAUGGAGGGGUCCGGGUUCAGCGGUGACCCCGAGAGCCUUCGGGGCCCGAGAGGUUUCCCUGGCCCCCCCGGGCCCCCCGGCGUCCCAGGCCUUCCCGGAGAGCCAGGCCGAUUUGGGGUGAACAGCUCCGUCAUCCCAGGACCCGCAGGCCUUCCCGGUGUGCCUGGGCGGGAUGGACAGCCUGGGAUCCCCGGCCCCCCAGGACCUCCAGGAACCCCAGGAAAAGACGGGCGGCCAGGAGAGGCCGGCCAGAAAGGCAGCCUUGGCAAAGUGGGCACCCCAGGACCUAAGGGAAGCAAGGGAGACCCUGGCCCCAUGGGUGCUCCUGGAGAGAACGGCUUGGCAGGAGCCCCCGGACCAGCAGGACCCCCAGGACCCCCAGGGCCCCCCGGGCCUCCAGGACCAGGACUUCCCGCAGGGUUUGAUGACAUGGAAGGCUCCGGGGGACCCUUCUGGUUGACAGCCCGAGGCGCUGAUGGGCUGCAGGGACCGCCUGGCAAGCCUGGGGCCAAGGGGGAUCCUGGAAUAGCUGGCCCACCAGGGACCAAGGGAGAAGUCGGUGCAGACGGACCCCCCGGGUUUCCUGGCCUUCCCGGCAAAGAGGGCGUAGCUGGAGCCCAGGUAGGUGACCACCCAGGGCUGCCAGGGGGAGACUUGGUUGGGGUGAAGACCCUCAAAUCUGAGGGCUCUCCUCACACCCUGUCAGCUCUGGGGUCCCAGCCCAGAGCCCCUGUAACAAUUCUACCCCUACAAGCAACCCAAGCACUGGACACCGGCUUCUUCUUCCAGGGUGACCCAGGGAAGGACGGAGUGGGGCAGCCUGGGCCCCCCGGGCCCCCCGGACUCCCGGGGCCCGUCGUCUACGUGUCGGAGGAGCAGGACAGAGCGGUGUCCGUAACCCAUGGGGUCAAGGGCCAGCCGGGGUACGCAGGCCUCCCCGGACCAGCUGGGCCGAAGGGAGACACGGGCAUCAGUGGCCAGCCAGGCCCCCCGGGACCCAAGGGUGAGAAGGGUGAGCCCGGCAUGGUCCUCAGUCCCGACGGCAGAGUGCUGCCCCCUGCCCAGAAAGGAGCCAAGGGGGAGCCUGGCUUCCGAGGACCUCCGGGUCCAUAUGGACGGCCUGGGCACAAAGGAGAGAUUGGCUUCCCCGGGCGACCGGGCCGUCCUGGGAUGAAUGGAUUCAAAGGAGAGAAAGGGGAGCCAGGAGACGCCAGCGUCGGAUUUGGUGCACGGGGUCCACCUGGCCUCCCAGGGCCUCCAGGGCCACCAGGGCCGCCAGGCCUUCCCGGGAACCCUGUCUACGACAGCAACGCAUUUGUGGAGUCUGGCCCCGUGGGACCUCCUGGUUUGCCAGGGCACCAGGGGCCUUCUGGACCAAAGGGGGACAAAGGAGAAGUGGGCCCGCCCGGGCCACCAGGCCAGUUCCCGUUCGACUUCCUCCAGCUAGAAGCUGAACUGAAGGGGGACAAGGGUGACCGAGGGGACACCGGGCAGAAAGGAGAAAGGGGUGAGCCCGGUGGCGGAUUCUUCGGCUCUGGUGUGCCUGGACCCCCCGGCCCGCCAGGCUACCCCGGGAUUCCGGGUCCUAAAGGAGAGAGCAUCAGGGGCCAGCCUGGCCCACCUGGACCUCAGGGACCUCCUGGCAUUGGCUAUGAAGGGCGCCAGGGGCCUCCCGGACCACCUGGCCCUCCAGGGCCCCCAGGGCCCCCUUCCUUUCCUGGCCCCUACAGACAGACUAUCAGCGUUCCUGGCCCCCCAGGCCCACCUGGGCCCCCAGGACCCCCUGGAACCCUGGGCACCUCCUCAGGGGUGAGGAUCUGGCCCACGUACCAGACCAUGCUGGACAAGGUGCCCGAGGUGCCCGAGGGCUGGCUCAUCUUCGUGGCUGACCGGGAGGAGCUGUACGUCCGCGUCCGAAAUGGGAUCCGGAAGGUCCUGCUGGAGGCCCGGACGCCACUCCCGCGUGGGACGGACAACGAAGUGGCCGCCUUGCAGCCCCCGCUGGUGCAGCUGCACGAGGGAAACCCGCACCCCCGGUGGGAACUGCCCCCCUCCACCUCACGACCCUGGCGGGCAGAUGACAUCCUGGUCAGGCCCCCACGCCUGCUGGACCCCCAGCCCUACCCUGGAGUCCCGCAUCACGGCUCCUACGUGCACUCCCGGCCAGCCCACCCCACUGGCGCUCCCGCCCACACCCACCAUGACUUCCAGCCGGUGCUGCACCUGGUCGCACUCAACGGGCCACAGCCUGGCGGCCUGCGUGGCAUCCGUGGCGCCGACCUCCAGUGCUUUCAGCAGGCGCGUGCGGCCGGGCUGGCGGGCACCUUCCGUGCCUUCCUGUCGUCGCGCCUGCAGGACCUCUACAGCAUUGUGCGUCGUGCCGACCGUGCCACCGUGCCCAUCGUCAACCUCAGGGACGAGGAGCUGUUUCCCAACUGGGAGGCCUUGUUCUCGGGCUCCCAGGGCCAGCUGAAGCCAGGGGCCCGCAUCUUCUCCUUUGACGGCAGAGACGUGCUGCAGCACCCCGCCUGGCCACAGAAGAGUGUGUGGCACGGCUCAGACCCCAGCGGGCGCCGGCUGACCGAGAGCUACUGUGAGACGUGGCGGACUGAGGCCGCAACAGCCACGGGCCAGGCCUCCUCCAUGCUGACGGGCAGGCUGUUGGAACAGAAAGCCGCGAGCUGCCACAACGCCUUCAUCGUCCUCUGCAUUGAGAACAGCUUCAUGACCUCCUCCAAGUAGGGCUUCUGCCAGCUCACGUGGUGUAUGGACCGACGGCCAGAGAGGAGGCCAGGCGGCAGGGCAAGUGGAGAGACCCCCAGUGCCGGGCAGGGAGCGGCAGCCAGCACUCCAGACAGGGGACCUGGCUGGGACACUUUCCUGUGUGGUUCACAUUUCAUGUAAUCCUCCAGAAAUAAAAGAAAGCCAAAGAGUGUAUUUUUUAAAAAGUUUAAAACA